UCCUGGCCGGCGGGUCGCCUUCUGUAGCUUCCAAGAGAGACCAAUUUGCUUGUUCCGCUAACCGAUCUGGAUCUAUACAUUAGAAUAGCUGGCAAUGGACACAGGUAUGGUGACUGAGUGCUUCCGGAACAAGACCAUCCUAAUCACAGGAUCCACUGGAUUCCUUGGAAAAUUGCUGCUUGAAAAGAUACUGAGGGUACAGCCAGACGUGAAGAAGAUCUACCUGCUGGUCCGUGCCCCAGAUGAUGCCUCCGCGGAGCAACGUAUCAUAUGCCAAGUGCUGGGGAAGGAUCUGUUCAACACGCUGCGGGAGAAGCAUGGCCUUUCUGGCUUCCAGGAGCUCAUCAAAGAGAAGAUAGUUUCUCUAGCUGGUGAUGUCGGGACUCGAGACUUCGGGCUAGACAGCUCCAGAAUGGAGGACCUGUGUGAGGAGAUUGAUAUUAUCAUCCAUGGGGCAGCAACAACUAGCUUUUAUGAAAGGUACGAUGUAGCUUUGGCAACUAAUGCAUUAGGAGCGCAAUAUGGAUGCGAAUUUGCAAAGAAGUGUCCUAAUCUGAAAUUGUUACUUCAUGUUUCCACAGCUUUUGUAGCUGGUACCCAAGAAGGACUUUUACUGGAGAAAGCACUCCAGAUGGGUGAAGCACUACGGCCAGGUUACCACUUGGACAUUGAUGCUGAAUUACAGCUGGUUGAGAAGGUUAAGACUGAACUCACAGCGGCUAAGAGUGGUAGCUCAGACCAAUAUGAGAAGACAACCAUGAAAGAACUUGGCUUAAAGAGGGCUUCCCAUUUUGGAUGGCCAAAUGUAUAUACGUUUACCAAAGCUAUGGGGGAGAUGUUACUUGAGCAGAAGAGGGAAGACCUUCCUGUUGUCAUUAUUCGUCCCACCAUGGUAACCAGCACCUAUCAAGAUCCUUUUCCUGGGUGGAUAGAAGGUGCAAGAAUUACUGCACUACGUACAUAUCCAAUAUGGACAGCACCACAACAGAAAAUAAGUUUCUACCCUUUUAUCACCAGGACAAUUGAUGCUCUAAUUGUUGCCUAUGAUGAACAGGCGUUCCCCUGUUUCCUAGGUGAUCUCAAAGACACAAUGGAUGCGGGUAGAACCAAGCACAAGGAUGUCAAGCUCAUCUUCGAGACGCCAUCGCAGGCGUUCGACAAGAACAUCGUCGAUAAGGAGGAGGAGCUGUCGAGUGUUAGUACUGAUGAUGUUGGCAGCGAUGUCGAGUCGCGUCAUAGGAAGGUCAGGGCAACUCUCAACAAGCUUAAGACGGGAAAGUUCGACAAGUACUAG